CCCCUGGCGCCUGCGGGCCGCGGUUCCCGGCCGGGCGGGUUUGCGGGCGGACCGGCCGGGCGCCAUGGCGCGGGAGCCCGCGUUCGUGCUGCGCUGCCUGGCCGAGGUGGAGGAGCUGGCGGAGGAGGUGCUGGCGGGGCGGCGGCAGAUUGUGGACCUGGAUCUAAAGCGGAAUCAGAACCGAGAAGCUCUCAGGGCUCUGCAGAAGGACCCGGACCCUUCUGAUAAAGCAAUGGUUUGCUUUGGAAACAUGUUUAUUCAGCUUCCAAAUUCAAAAACGAAGGAAAUGAUUCAGAAAGAUCAGGAGCACUUAGACGAGGAAAUAAACCAACUUCGGAAAGAGCUGAGAGUGAAGGUCAGCCGUCUCUUUGAAGCUCAAGGUAAACCUGAGUUGAAAGGAUUUAACUUGAACUCCAUGACCCAUGAGGAAAUGAGAGUAAUCAAUCAGAUAUUGGAAGGACGAAACUAGACCUUCAUCACGGAGACGUCAACGUUGCUGAUAAGGUGCAUUCAGACUGUCACUCACAGUACAAAAUCUGUGGACAAUCUCCAGAUUUCUUGAAGACAUAUUUAUUCCUGGUAUCUCUCGAGUGGUAAAUUUCCUAAGAAGUAUUUGGCUUCUGAAAUCUUUUCACGGUAGGAAUCAUUCGGGUCCAGUGUUGGUUAUGGAUUAAACACUGCAGUUUGCAGAGACUUGCUAGAACACUGGCCCUUUUAGUUAUUUGACAGUCUGCCAUCACUGGGGUGGGAGUGGGAUUAUUGGAAUCAGAGGAGCAGGACAUUCCUAACUGCAUCUCUUUAUGUAAGAACUUCUGUAACUAGUGCAUUCUAUUGGCAAGAAAGGGAGUAGGAGGGAAGAACUGUGAAUCCAUAGCGUCUUCAAAGAAUAAAUAACUUUGAGUUGUGUAAGCUUGUGGUGGUAGGAAAUUGUGAAUCAAUUAAACUGUACGCUUAAGAAAAUUCCUGGAUUUUUUUUAAGUGUACAAUAGAUACUUGACAGGUUUCAGAGUAGCAGCCAUGUUUGUCUGUAUCCGCAAAAAGAACAGGAGUACUUGUGGCACUUUAGAGACUAACAAAUGUAUUAGAGCAUAAGCUUUGAAGUGGACUGUAGCCACGAAAGCUUAUGCUCUAAUAAAUCUGUUAGUCUCUAAAGUGCCACAAGUACUCCUGUUCUUUUUAAUAGAUACUUGAGUGCCUGUUAAUCUGAAGGGUCUACUUCUAAGCUAGGAUCCUGUGUCUAAACUUGUAAGAAGAGAUCUGGAAGAAGUAGGAUUGUUUACAUUAGGGAAGGGGACAUAAGUAUGCAAACCAAUGAAUGGUUCAGAGGAGAGAUUAGGUGUCUCUACUCAUCCUGUUUCGAUACAAGAAUAAGGGGCUAUUCAAUGA